AUGGAUGAAGUCUUACCAUUGUUUCGCGAUUCUCAUAUUCCACAGAUUAAAGAUUAUCAAUUGGAGUUACAGAACGAUUUGACUAAAACCAAUGAGGCCUUCCAAAAGAAUUUGCUAAAGAACUAUAACAAGAUCUUAAGCUUGACCGAUUCUGUUAAUGACUUGUCGCUCAAUUUGAAAAAUGUUGAUCAAGAUUUUAAAUCCCUGUGUUUCAAUGAUGAAAAAUUUCAGUUGAAUAAGUUAACUCCACUACCAUACCAAACCACUACCCAUAUAUCACCACCUCGUGACGAAGAAAAAGUCAGCAUACCAUCGCAAAACAUUUUAGUAAUUUCAAAUUGGACCAUCUCCAUCAACAACUUCUGUAAUCGUAUAGUUACUUCCACUACUCCGUCGCGGAUAUUCGACGAGCUACUGUUGAAUUUCCACGAAUUAUCUUUGAUACCAGUUCCUUCCAAAUUUGAAGCGCUUGUCAAGGACAAAUGUUGUCGACUACAGAAGUUCUUGGUGGACUCUAUGAAGACAUUAAACUUAACUUUACUACAGUGGGUAAAACUAUACAAUUUACUAAACACGGAGUUUUCCUCGAAGUGGGACGAUGAUUUACUUUCUAUAUUCAAUGAAUCCCUAUUCGAGACACUAUUUAACGAUAACGUUCAAGCGUUACUGAUAUCAAGUGCCAACAGCAAAGAUCAUCAAUAUCACUCCAAUCAGCAAUAUAAGGACGCGAUUGUUGUCGAUUUUGUGAAUUCGUCCACCUUUAGAGACCAUCUCAUUCGGAGAACCGUGAAAGAAAUAAACACACAUUUGGAUACACUCUCUACUUUGAGAGCCAAGCUUAAGGAGCCUGAAACUCUUCAUAAAUUAGAUAUCUUCCAUGAUAAUGAUACGAACCUCAAUGAUGGCACUGUAUCUCCACUUGAUGAUGAUGCAUUGAAACAAUAUAUUGAUACAGCGGUAUUCUAUUCAAAAGGUUUAACCAAUGAUACCACGUUGCAAAUUUAUCAAACGGUGCAGCCUACGAUUGAAAUCCUACAAAACUUAGAAUUGUAUAAAUGCCCUCAAGAGACACUGACAGAUUUGAGAAAUAAAUUGAUUACUCAAUUGCAAGAGUUUAAGACUCAGAUCUCAUCCCGCUUACCUUCACCACUGGAAAACUCAACGAGUGUUGUGGAUGAUUUUAUAACUUCGUACAACAAUCACAAUCUCUUGCAAUUAGUCAUCGAUCAAAUUACUCAAUUAAGGCAACAGUAA